AUGAUGGGCUUCGACGAAAACCACCACGCCAAUCUGUCGUCGCCUCGCUCCAUACCCUCGUCCUCUCGUUCGCCGCGGCUCGACGCAAGUCAACGCGCUCAGCGCAGCCUAUCUCCUUCUGCACUCAGCACAUCACCCACCACUAGAAGGUCUUCGUACGGCAGUCAGCUACUUUCGGUCCCGGGCUCGGCGUCCGGCGAGGCCGAUGGUCUCUCAUCGCCAACCGGCUUCUCUCCCGACACCUCACGUCAUCGUCGAGGCUCUCGCUCUUCCAUUCUCGCCUCAGCCUCCGAUGCGACAGGUGCCAGCGCCACAUCGGACAGAGAGUCGAUCCGCUCUGUUGGCAGCAGCUCGCACGUUGGUUCUUCCAUUCCAAGACAGCGCUCACAUCGAGCAUCUCGAAAUGAGGAAAGGGAGCGAAAUGCUUCGCCAGUCUCCUUCUACUCUGUUUCCGAGGCUCCUCUGACCUCGCCUCGGAGGUCACAUCAGGGCAGCAUGCAGAUCAAUUCCACUCGUGCUUCUUUCAACGAAGCUGGUUCAACAUCCGCCCUUGGCUCACCACAAGGCGCCUCUAAGCACAACGGUCUGUCCGCUGCUCAUUCUUCCAAAGCGGCAGCUCCAACAUCUCCCAACACCAUGCCAGCCACAUCCCACCGCGGAACUACUGAUAGGCGCAACGUCACCAAUCCUACAUCUGCGCACCGUUCAGCGUCUGCUCAACAUCGCAGAUCUGGUCAAGAGCCCCAAGUGCCUACCUUGAUGCCGUCUCUGUCAUCCUAUUCGUCGCAGUCCAUCCUGGCAUCCCAGAAUCAGCCUCCCCUGCAGAAUGAUCGAGCGCCUUCAGCUUCUCGCUACGAGCCAGUACCCUCCUCGGCUGCGUCUGUUGUCUCGCAGCCUAGAUCCAUCUCCAGCUCCAGAUCUGUUGCCAGCUUUGGGCAUCUCGAUCCAGAAACAGCCGCACGGCCACGAUCGAAAAGCAGCGCCAGUUCUUCCAAACCAAGCAAGAGCCCAGCGCCCACACAGUCUGCUUCUUCAUCUGGAGAUAUUGCCAGUGCUGCCAACAUGCCUCCACCCACAGGCCAACCCACAAAGGCCCAGCCAAACGCGUCGGCGCCCACAAAGCUCAGCUUAAGGUCCCGCAUCUUUGGUCUCAAGAACGAUAAAGCUGCAUCCAAUUCUCCUUCCUCCGCCGAUUCGGGCAAUGAGACCCCGUCGCCAAAGUCUGCUCACUUUCCUCCUUCUCUUCGCUCCGAGCGUUCCCACAGCGAUCAUCACAGCGAUACCCACUCUGUUGAGCAAGGCUUGCCAUCUCCAGGUUUUGCAGCCUCCCAUUCUGGGCACGAUUGUGACGACGCCAGCGAGACAGGUGAUGCCGCCGCCACCGAUCCGCGUUCCGAUGCCACACGCAAAUCUAGCGGAGCCUCCAGCUUUCUCCGGAAAACCAUCCGCUUCAAGGACAAGUCGGCCUUUCUCAAGACUCGCCCUUCUGUCUCCUCGAUGACAUCCGAAUCUGCAGCUUCCACAUCAGCUUCCGUGCCUCCGUCUCCUGCUGAUCCGCCGAGCGGCUCCGACGUGGAGGUUUCCACCAGGAAAGUGCCCGUCUACAAGCAGGUCAGCGGCCGCAGGGGGCCACAGUACCAUGAUGCAAGCGGCGAUCAGACGCUUCUCGUCCCUCGUGCUUCAACGGAUCGUCUGCGCAACAGCGCGCCCAACGCCCUUCUACCUCCAGUCACUGAACGCGACCUCAAAGGCCAAGCCAAUCUCUUACAGUCAAACUCUAGUCUUGGUCUGAAGCAGGAGCCUGCAAGGGGGAGCAGCUCGUCAUCCUCUCAAUCAAAAACGAAUGGAUCUCUUGCUGGUGCGGAAACUGCUAGUGUGCCGCGUCCGCCCUCAUCUCGGUCAGGCGGUCAUGGCGCCAGAACUCACAUCCCGAGAAGCAGCAGUCUUCACGAUUCUGUUGGACGUGGAAGCAAACUCGGCAUUGUACCUCCCUCCAAAACAUCGGUCGACCGAUCUGUCUCGUCACCGAUGCUCUCCCCCGAGGUGCCAGACUCACCCCGCAGACGACCUCGUUCCAGUUCCGCAAACUCUUUUGUACCUCAGAUCCAGCCCAGGACCACCAGUUCGACUUUGCAAGGCUCGGUGCGAAGGCCUGUCACCGUACAGGGCAGUCCCUCGUUCAGCCCAUCUCCGUAUGCAAGUGGAUCCCCCGCAAACCGUGUGGCACAUCGGCUAAGCAGAGCCAAGACGGCUGACAGCGGUCAUGCCUAUUCCGGCUCUUUAUCUAGCCUCAGAGAUAUUCUAAUGGUAGCACAUACCAUCUCGGAGGAGGGCGCCGUCUACAACACGCCAGAAAACAAAAACACGCCACGUUUCGAGGCAAACAGAAUUCCGUCUGCUGCUACAUCAUCAAAAUUUGGAGCUUCGCCUGGCGAAUCCAAGCGGCCCGGCCUUCCACCGAAGAACCCCCUUCGCAAGCAGAGGCCAUCUGGAGUCAGUGUCAACAACACACCUUUGGUGUCAGGCGAUUCACCAUCCUCGGCCCACACGACAGGUGUAGUUCACGGCCCUGCCAUGAGCAAGCCGGAUGAACGACUUUUGAGCCCAGUGGCUCGAAAUAGAGACUUGAUCGGACCACUGUCACCCUCAAGCUCAACGCCGUCCCUUGCUGAGUACAGGAGCCCCACUUCGGAGCCGGGCACACUCCCGUCCACAGAGAGGCACACAGAGAGGCACACUGCGGAUGACGACUUCCGCUCGCGUGAAAUCGCCAGGCAACAUGGUGCACAGCUUGGACAGAUCCCAUCUCGCUCGCCCGGAGUGUCUCACAGCACUCACAGUGGGUCAUCAUCGCCUGCGCAUUCGACCUUUGCCUCUGCGCAGCAACUCUCCAGAGCACCCUCGAGCGAGUCGACGGCUGGCUGGGCUUUGAGAAGGCAUGAACGUGCUGCAAGCGAUGCCACCAGUUCCAUGGCCGACCUUCGAUCUGUCGUUGAGGCUGCAGCUUCCACGCCCUCGCUCCAUUCAGAGACAUCGUCUGGAACGCGCAAGAAGAAGGAUGGAACAGGCAGCAAGAUGUUUGCCUUUGCGCGCGACUUCUCCAAUCGUGAAGGAAGCGAAACAAACGCAACGAUGUCGAGCUCAGCCACCUUCCGUCUCGGUCGCAGCAGUAAAUCAAAGAAAGGUGACGCAACCGUCCGCCCCGUCAUUCGCAGACUGUAUGACGGACCUUUGGAAGGCGAAGCUGCCGCGCUUGCUUUAAGACAGGCUGUCGAUGCUCAUCAAUCGCCACUGCAAUUCACAAACGGAGUCAGUCCCCGAUCUUCUGUUGCUGACCUCAGUGCCGCAGCAGCCAUGAGCCCCCGCACUCCCGGCGGUUACAGCUCGGCUACGGUGGGAGGUCGACAGCCCAGCUCCGCGAGCCUCGUUCGUUCAGCAUCGUCUACAGGAAGCACAGCAAGAGAUAUGAUGACACCUGCUUCUACCCACCUAUUGACGCCUCAGAUAGCAAGGAAUGGCAGCGGCGUCUUCCUCGCUCGAAGUCCUAACUUUGUCAAGCCGAGCUGGUCCAUCCCACAGGAGAAUCUGUCACAAGAGCAGAAGCGACUCGUAAAGCGAUGGUAUACUCUGCGCGAGCUUCUCGAGACUGAAAGAGCGUAUGCGUCUGACCUUGCAGUCGCUCGAGACAUCUACCUCGCAAGAGCCAAGCUGAGAGCUGGAAUCACGGCACCGCUCUCCCCUUUGAGCGUGCGAUCGGCAAGCAUCUUCUCGCAGCUUGCCUCCCCCGAGCCGUCGACUCACAGCAGGUCCUCGCAACCGUAUUUGCAACAGCGAGGAACUACGAGCACCCUCAGCUCUGGGCCGAGCUUGCCCUCAGGCAAAGGCGCUCUACCUCAGCGCACGCUAUUUCGCAAUGCAUCCGGAGAUGCCACAGCUAUUUCUGCGCUAGCUAAUCCCAACCAGGUCAACCAGACUGCAUCUUCGGCCUCGCUCACGUCCAGCAACCCGAGCAACCGCUCUUCAAUGUACACUGUGUCGUCGCAGAGCUCGCAGACCUCGGAUGCCAGUCACUUUGCACUUUCCGGACAUCCGACCUCCUCAGGAGGCUUUUCUACGUCGUUCUCGAUCGACGGCAAGCGUCUGUCUCCCGCGACAGGAGUUAAACUCACUCCAGGCCCAUCAAUGGUCCAGCCAAGUCCAGCAAUCUCGCCGUAUUCUUCGACGCCUGCGACACCGUCCAUCUCGAGCCCAUCGGAGGUGAUGUCGCCUGGUCUCAUCGGUUCGAACGAAGGAACCACCACCAGCACGCCAGAUGCUCCUUUCAGUGCCAGCGAUGUCCGCAUCGUGUUUGCUCAGCUCGAGUCUUGUGCCGCCUUUGCAGACGAGAUGGUCGCCAUCCUCGAAAGUGCUGUCGGCAAGAUGUGCAGCGGCACGGCUGAAGAAGCGUGCCAGCUGCUUGCUCAGGGUGAAGUUCGUGAAGAGUCAGAGACGGAUCGAGUCGGACAGGCCUUCCUCAAACUCAUGCCAAGGAUUGAACAAGUCUACUCAGCAUAUUGCUCGCGACACGAGGUUUCCAUGUCGAAGUUGCAGGAGCUUUUGAGCACUCAGCCCAAAGUCGCAGCGUUUCUUGCCGAAUGCACACAGGCUGCGCGGGCGUACACGAAUGCAUGGGACCUGUCUUCAUUACUCAUCAAGCCAGUGCAGCGCGUGCUCAAGUACCCACUUUUGCUAUCGCAGAUCCUGGCGUCUACCAGCAGCAAGCAUCCGGACAUGGGAAGCCUCUCCGCGGCGUCGGUCGAGAUUCAGAAAGUAGCCGACAACAUCAACGAGGUCAAGAAGCGCAAAGAUCUUGUGGAGCAAAUCGUGAGCGGCAAGACCGCGAAACGAACAACCGGCCAACGCAUGCAGCACGGAGCGACCAAGAAGCUUCUACGUCGUCAAGAGAAGGUCAAAAAGCUUGUUCUCGGACCGACAGAAGAUAUCCUGGCCGACGAAGGGCAGUACAAAGCAAUGGUGACACAGUUCCGUCAGCUGGAGAAGGCGACAACUACAUUCUCCAGACGAUGCACUGCAUGGUCCUUAAGCGUCAAGGAAGCUCACGUGGCGCAACUGAAGCUGUUGGACCAGUGGUGCCGCGCAUACGCUGUUGACGAGAUGGCUGCUGGUACAGAGGCCGAGACUCGCCUCCGUGCGUUCAUGCAUCUGAUUGAACGAACCUUCCUGAGCGACUACUGGUCGCAGCUGGACUCAGAGAUCCGUACCAGUCUCACGCCUGCGGUGCAAAGAAUUGCUGCACUCUUCAUCCUCCCUCAGUCCGUCAUCGCAAAGCGCAAUGACAGAGAACCGGACUACACACGCUACAGAGCCGAGAUCACACGCGGCGGUGUCAAGGCAGCCGACAAGAAGCUCACCGAGAGUGCCAAUGCUUUCAUUGCCCUCCACACUCAGCUGAUGAACGAACUUCCUCAGUUCAACUACGGCAUCCAAACGCUCCUCGACCUCUGCAUUGAGUCGCUCUCUCGCACGCAAGCUUCUUACCACCUUCGCGUGCAUCGUUCGCUCAUCAGCUUCUGGCAGAACUUUGGACCUGAAGGCAACUCCGACAUCGCUCACAACGAAGAGACGGAUGAAAAGUCAAUGCGCCACUUGAAUCCGGUCAAGAUCUUCUGGCCUUUGCAUAGCAAUGUAGCUGGCUAUGCUGAGUCGUUAGGGAUCGUUACGGGCAUCGUUGUGGACGAUCGUUCGCGUUCGGCUUCGAUGAGCACAGAUAGCGAUUUUCUGGCCGUUGGCAACUUGAGUCCUGUCAGCAACAACCACUUUUCGCCAUUGCAGUCGACCAGGGCGUUGCCGGAUUCGGAAUUCGCAUCCAAGGUGCCGGACGCUUCGAGCAUGAGCCAGCAGAUAGAGUCGGUUACAGCUGCUGGCUCGGAAGAGCUGCUGGACCCCGUCAGUGCACGAACGAGUCCUUUCACGACACCGCCUCUAGGGUCACGUCGACCGUCGUUCCCUCCGCAAUCGCACCAACAGCACCUGCUUGGAUCCCCAGCACCGAUCGACUCCUCGCUGCCAUCGGGAAGCGGACCUCCACCGCUGCGAUCCCAGAAAUCAAGUGGUCUGAUUGUACUCCUGCGUUCAGUGGGAAGCAGUUCAGCAAUAAGCAGUGUCGCCGGAUCGCGCAAGAACUCACAAUCGACCGACCAUACUGCCAUGGAGAGCUUUGUUGAUGGUUUAGAAGAUUCCAACCCGCCUACGCCCGUUAGCAAGGACACGCCGUUGAUGAACAGGAGAAACAGCAACAGUGAAGAUGCGCCAGCUCCAACACUACCUGCCCUCAGCUUCAACUCCGGAUUCUUCGGUCAGUCCGAUGCGGUGUUCACUUUUGCUUCCGCGUCUGUUCAGUCGCAGGUUAAGACCGGGCAGGAGACAAAGAGCGUUCACCCACCAACUUCCAUCGCGGAAAGCGUUGUAGCAGGAGAAGAUAGAACAGUCGACGCACUCAAGCGAACAAGCAAGCCCACCACCAACUUUACCCCUCCCCUUUCGCAGGCAGCGUUCGGGACAAUGGCAGCAGUAGCCGAUAGUCCCACCACUACUGAAGGUCGGGGAAUGAAGAACGGGUUCCCUUUUGUCCAGUACAGCGUAGGCGAUCUGUUCCGCGUCACGGACGCACAUGAAGGAGGUCUGCUGCUCUUUGGCCAUUCUGAACACGGUAUCACUGGUUGGGUUGAGAGGGAGAACUUUGUGCCCCUUUCCUAG